GAAAAGCCACACUUCCUGAUAACAGUAGAUAACACAUCGAGAAUCAGCAGCUGUUGAGUGUUUAUGUUUGUGUGCGAGUCUCGUGUAUAGCAAUUACUGUGUUGUACCGUCGACUUCAAAACGGAACGGACAUCAUCCACCCGGCGAUUGCUGGUUUCUACGGAAUCCACAUUCGUGAACCGUCCAAAACCUCCGACUCACCUUCCAAACACGACGCCUCACAACCGGCUCGCAGACCCUACUAUGACCCUACAAGCCAUCAGAUACGAGAACGGCACGUUGGAAGUGUUGGAUCAACUGCUUUUACCCAAGGAGUCCAAAUACAUACCCAUUUUAGGCGUCGAGGACGGAUGGAAGGUUAUCAAUAAGAUGCAGGUCCGAGGUGCUCCUGCUAUUGCAAUUGUUGGCUGUUUAAGUUUAGCUGUAGAAAUUUCGAAAGAAGAAUUUGAAAAAAAGAAAGCAUUGAGACGAGAAGUCGAGGGGAAAUUAAAUUAUUUAAUAUCUGCACGUCCCACAGCUGUAAAUAUGAAACAAGCAGCCGACCAUUUAAUAUCUUAUAUAAAUUCUUUAGACAAUGAUGAUACCAUUUCAGCACAAGAAAUGCAAGCCAGAUUUGUUGCAGCUAUAGAAGCAAUGUUAGAAAAAGAUAUAUCAGAUAAUAGAUCAAUUGGGGAAUUUGGAGCUAAAGCUAUUUUAAGUAGCGUAUCAGAUGGUGAACAAGUUCGUGUAUUAACCCAUUGCAACACUGGUUCAUUGGCUACUGCAUAUUUCGGUACAGCGUUAGGUGUUGUACGAUGUUUACAUUCUGCUUCACGACUUGAAAAUUGUUAUUUUACGGAAACCAGACCAUACAACCAAGGUGCUAGGUUGACAGCUUAUGAAUUAGUUCAUGAUAAAAUACCAUCAACUCUUGUUUGUGACAGCACAGUUGCAUACCUAAUGAAGUCUGCUCAGAUUAGUGCUGUAGUUGUUGGUGCUGAUAGAGUCGCAGCUAAUGGAGAUACAGCUAACAAAAUUGGAACAUAUCAAAUUGCUGUAGUUGCCAAGCACCACGAUGUUCCAUUCUAUGUAGCUGCACCAUUAACUUCUAUUGAUUUUAAUGUAAACACUGGUGAUAGUAUUAUAAUUGAAGAACGACCUCAGGUGGAAAUGACACAUAUUAAUAAUAUAAGAAUAGCUUCACCAGGUGUAACGUGUUGGAAUCCAGCAUUUGAUGUAACACCUGCACGACUAAUAACUGGAAUAAUAACUGAAAAAGGAGUUUUCCGACCAUCAGAACUUUCAACGCUUCAGUCACAGUUGCAGGAUCAUAAAAAGUCCCUUCCUCAACUAUAAUAUAAACCUUAACGUUCCACAUUUGUACAACAUUAAAAAAUUACUGCGUACAAGUUUUUUUAAGGAAAAUAAUAUUAGGCUUAUUAUAAUAUCUAUAAGCAUUUCUAACCAUCAACAUUCAUCAUUUUAGUACUUAUAUAUAUAUAUAUUUAUACAUUUUUAUCUUAGUAAUAUUGCUGCUGUUAUUAAUAUUGUGCAGGAAACACAAAUUCCUAAGACAAAAAAUAAUAUACUAUUUAUAUAAGUAUAUAAAUGCUUCAGUAAUAGACCAAUAUUUUAUAAUUUUUUUGAAGUUUUUCAAGUAUAGUUGUGAUAUAUUUAAAUUUUGGGGGGUUAAUUAAUUAUAUUUUAUUGGGAUAAUUUUAAUAAAUGCCUUUAGUACAAUAAAAUAAAAUUUCAAAUUUUGUCAUUGAUAAGAGGCUGAAUGAAUUAUGUUUGAAACCUUCAUACAUUUUAUGAUGUUUUUGUAAUCAUACCUAAUUAUUGUUUAAUUUUUACUGUAGUUAAAUGAAUAAAAAUAAAAUGGUAUAUGUUUUAACCAAUGUUUUAUAAAUAGACAUGUUAUUUGGACUGUCUGAAAUUGUCGUUUAUAAACAUAAAUAUUUCUCACAUUUGUUACAACAGUAAUUUAAAUUAAAACUUAUUAUAUUUCUGUUAAGUGGGUAUUAACUACCCAAAAUAUAUUUUUUUAACAAUGUAUGUGUACUUAGCAUUUCUAUUUGUAAGUUUGUAUAAGACUAUUAUUUAAAUCAAUGAGCUUUUAAAUAUUAUUUCGCAUACAACUAAAACAUUUCAUAACUAAGAGAUAUGGAAAAUUGUCUUUACAACUACAAAACUAAAAGGAAUCAUUUUAUAAUACGAGUAUAAAUUUUGUACAAUAUUUCAAUUUAAUUAAUUUUAUUAUCAUAUUUACUUAUCUAUUAUUAUUAUUAUUAUUAUUAUUAUUAUCAUUAAUAUCAUUAUUGUUGUAAUUUAUACUUAUAUAUAUAUAUUUUUUUAACAGGCGAUUUUGCUAUUAUUUUAAAUGUAGUAAUAAUAAUAAUAAUAACAUAUUGUUGUACAGAAAUGCGCGUGUAUGAGUUAUGAAACGAGUUAUAAAAAGAAACUUGUCGUCUACCGGGAUGUUGUUAUAUUUUAUCUUGUAAUAAUAAUAUUAAUGACAAUGUU